UUAUUAUUAUUAUCCAAUAUUGUUGGGUUUAUUUAAAAUUAUUUUAAACAACGAAAAUGAAUUUUUAUUCUGACGAUAAUUGAUUGAAAUUCAAUCAAGUAUGCAUACAAUAAAUAUCUAAUUAUUGUAUAAUUAAUUGUGAGAAUAAAUAGAAUAUAAAAAUAAAACUGUUUAAGAAACCCUAUAUUUAUUAAUAACGAUGUUAUUUUAAAUGAACAAUAAUAAAAAUAAAACAAGCGGGAAAAAUAUGACUAUAAAUAGCGUAAUUCUAAAGGGAGAAUUUCGAUUAAAGCAUUGAGAUAUUUAUUUUUCGACACGAAUAUCUAAACUCAGGGCCAUCAACUAAGAAGUGAUAGCCUCGUAGCCUACUUUACACAAACACUGGUCAUUUUUGUUUUAUUUAAUUAUUCGUUUUUUUUUUUUCAUUGUAAAUACUAGAUAAACAUACAAAACACGUACAAUACUUUUAAGAUAAUAUUGUAUAUAUAUAUAAACACAAAAUAAAAACAAACGAUAUAAAUGUAAUUAAUCCGGGUAAAUUUUAACCAGGGAAUUAUUAUUGUUUUGUUUUUACGAAAGGGUAUAUAUAUUUAUUGGUAUAUAGAAGCAUAGAAUGCUGUGUUUAGAUAUGAAAUUAGUAUCGCGAUUGCGAGGCUUGUCUUCAAACAAUGCCGGAUCAAAUAAAACAAAUACUGAUGGUACAGUACCAUUGUCAUCAUCAUCAUCAUCAUCAACAACAACAUGUGAUAAACAACGUUGUAGAUCAAAUCGUAAUAAUAAAAAUAAUAAUAAAAGUCCAUCGACUAGUGAUCGUGACAGUGAUGAUGAUAUUCUACCAACACCACCGACACAAACAAGAGAUCGUUCAAAAUCAGUAUGCAUGCCUGUUUUAACUGCAUCACAAAUGAGACAUCUACAUCGACGAGCUAGUCAUCAUAUAUCACUCAAUAAUGAUACAAUUUCCAGACGAGGAGUUUUAUCGAGGCGAUGCUACGGAAGCGUUGAAAUGUUGCCUCAAAUUGAACAGGAUGGUACGGAAAAUGGUCGAAGAUUUCGUGUAGAAAAUGGAGAUUCACCAGGCGAAAAAGAAGAGAUGUUCGGUUCACCGAGUACACCAGUUUUAGAAAAUCCAGAAUAUCAAACUCGUUGGUAUUUCAAAUAUUUUCUUGGUAAACUCCACUUUUUAUCAAUAGUUGAUGGAAAGUAAUUUAAAUGUGUCCCUCAUUAUCGAGUUAUUCUUUGGCGUCGAACGGGUGCACAAAAAAUAUCUUUGCCAUAUGCAUCAAAUAAAUCAAUGACUGUUAAACAAAUAUUAAGUAAUUUUUUUGGAAUUGAAAAAUUUGACAAAGCACCACGUGAGAUAUUUUCCCCUGAUAUACAAAAGGAUCUUCUUCUUCUUGAGGAGCAAGAAGGUUCCGUAAAUUUUAAAUUUGGUGUUAUAUACGCUCGUGAGGGUCAAGCAACUGAUGACGAGAUGUUAUCAAAUGAGAAUUCAAGUCAAGAAUUUGAGAGAUUUUUAGAAAUUUUGGGUGAAAAAAUAUGCCUCAAGGGUUGGGACAAGUACAGAGGUGGUUUAGAUGUAAAAGGUAAUAUGACAGGAACAGAAAGUAUAUACACAGUUUAUGCUGGUCAUGAAGUUAUGUAUCAUAUAAGUACCUUGUUACCACACUCCAAGGACAACCCACAACAAUUGGAAAGAAAAAGACAUAUUGGUAACGACAUUGUCAACAUUAUAUUCACAGAUGAUCCAGUUUUUCUUUCUACAUUUAAUCCCAAUUGUAUAAAAAGUCAAUUUACACAUGUUUUUGCUAUUGUUUCAAGUGAUUCCAAUUGUCACGGUUGGAAAAUAGCAAUUUAUUGUGAUGAAAAUGUACCUUUAUUUGGUCCAAGUCUUCCUUGUCCACCAGUAUUUGAUGAUCCUCAAAUUUUUCGUGAAUUUCUUUUGGUAAAAUUAAUUAAUGGUGAAAAAGCAACAUUUGAUACACCAACAUUUUCAAGAAAACGUGAAAGAACAUUAGACACAUUACUACGUGAUAUGUAUCAAGAAUAUACACAAGAUAGUAAAGGAAAUAGUAUGUUAAAUAGACGGGCAUUGUCAGAUGUUGUUGAAGCACCUGGACGUAGACGUGAAGAAACGCGAGUUGUAGAAAUGGUACGUGUUGGACAGGCAUUAAAAUUAGAAGCAAUUGUACGUGGUCUUGCACCAACAUCAUUAGCAACAGUUGGUCCAUUAAAACCACGUCCAUGGGAACCACGUUGUAUAUAUCCAGAUUUUGCACAUACAUUAAUUUGUGGUGAUGUAUGGUCAGAAAAUAAAUUAAUACUUGCAACAGAUACAGGUACAUAUUUAGUUGAAGAUGGAUUUUCAAAUAAAAUGUUAUUUGAUAAAACAGUACAAAUUAAACAAUUAGAUGUUGUUGAACAACAUGGAAUAUUAUUAUUUCGUGCUGGUGAUAAAGGAAAAGAGAGUAAUGUUUAUGUAUAUAGACUUAGUGAAAUGAAUGGUGAUGAACAAGAACGUUUUGAUUAUAAUUCAUUUGAAGAAGAUGAAGAAGAAUUAGUUGGUAAUUGUGUAUCACAUACACCAAAUCCAUGUGGUUCACGUCCACCAAUAACAAGAACAAGAUCACAUGUUAAAGAAAGAAAAUUAGAUAAAACACGUGGAUGUAAUUUAUAUAGUUUAGCAAAACCUGGUGGUUCACAUUUACGUAUGUGUGUUGUUGUUGGUAGAAAAUUAACUGUUUUACAAUGGAAACAUAAUGCAGCAUGGACAACUUGGUGUUCAUCUGCUGAUACAGAUACAAUUGAUGGAUUUUUAUUAUUAGCUGAAUAUAAUGCAAGUGAACAACCAAGUAUUGUAACAAUUAUUGAAAGUACUGAACCACAAUGGUUAUUAUGUUGUGGUUUAAGACAUCAUUUUGAAUUAAUAUCAGCUGAUGGUACAACAAGAAUAUUACAAAUGGAAGCAUCAAUAAAACCACAUAUUGUUGCUGCACUUGAUUUAUGUGAAGAUGAAGAACCUGAGCUAUUACUUUGUUAUAAUAAUACAUGUCAUUUUCAAAAAUUAUCAGAAGAUACUGCUGCAUCAACUGAAUUUGAUUUUAAUUGGAAUUCAGUACCAAUUGCUGUUACAUGUGCAUUUCCAUAUGUCAUUGCAUUUACUGUUGAUACAAUGGAAAUACGUUUAAUUAUAAAUGGUAAUCUUGUUCAUACAAUAUCAAUGCCAAAUCUUACGCUUAUAACAUCAAAAAAAGAUAUUUAUUUUUCUACUACAACACCUGAAUUUUUAACAAAUAAAAAUAAAGAAGACUCAAGUCUACCUGCAUCACAGUCUAAUGUUCAAAGUGAUACAAAACCAUUGAGAAUUUAUCAAAUACCAUUGCAAACACUCUCAAAACCACAUAAUUCAUCGAUAAAUCAAAGAAGAUGUCUAAGUCCAACAGAACUUGAUAUUGUCGAUGAACAACCAUCAAAUGAUUCAAAUUUUUUGAGUAUAAAUACGCACAGACUACCAAGUAGAUCUUGUAGUCCAACACCACCAAACAUGGCUGUAUCAUCCGCAAGUACACCAAGUAAAUAAAAUUACAUAAUUUAAUAAUAAAAAAAAAUUAUUAUUAAAUUACAUAAAUAUUGAAAAUAAUUUAUUUCUUUAAUUGUUUAUGAAAUAACUAAUUGUAGUAAAAUGUUUGAUGAUGCUGUUAUGUUUGCUGGUACAAUGAGUCAAUUAUAUUUAAUUUUUAUGAUAAAAAAUUCUGGUACAAUCUUGCCUUUUUGGCUUAAAAUUAAUUCAAAAAAAAAAAAAUCACAAAUUAAAUAGUAAUGAAUUAAUAAAAUAAGAAUUAACUGAUGUUCUAUGGUCGUUUUUUGUUUUAGAUAACUAAAGUCAUUUAAAAUCCAAUGAACUCCAAAAUAUAUAUUAUUUUUUAGAUCAUAAUAUUCUGUCUCGAGCUAUUACAUAAUAUUUAAGAGUGAUUUAAUUUAAGACUAAUACUAAAAAAGUGAUUGAAGCCAUGAAAAGAAAAUAAAAAUAAAAAAAGAGAAUUUAAUCAAAUAAAAUAUAUGAAAAGUUAAAAUUUGUAUAAUGUAUAUUAAUAUAUUAUGUUUUAUAAAUAUAAGAAAUUUUUUUGGAAAAAUUCAAACAAUUGUAUAGAGUGUUAGUUUAAAUAUUAAUGUCAAAAGACUUGCUUGAUUUUUUGUGAGCAAACAUCAAAUGAAGCUUUAUUAAAUAAUUUAAAAUACAGAAUAUAACUGUAAAUUAAAUUAUUAUUGUAUUCUUAAAUUAUCAAAAAUUGCGAAAGCAUCUAUUCUUGGUAUCAAAGGCUGUUGAUCCUGUAAAUUUUGUUUAUAAAUAAACAAUAACUAAAAAAUGUCAUGAUAUAAUAAAAAAAUUUAAUUCUUAA